AUGAAUCCCUAUCAAACAACGAAUAGAUUACAGUUUUUUCAACCUCCUAAUCCAGCAGGUCUUGAAACAAAUAGUCCUAUAAUGGCUACCAAUUCGCCUCAAAAUUCUAAUACUAUUCAAGGAGUAGUCAACGGGCAAUCAAUGGCUGUUCCUCCAGAUGAUAUCUGGAUGGAGUAUAAAACUUCUGAAGGUAAACCUUAUUAUUAUAAUAAGAUUACUAAACAAGCUAGUUGGACGAAGGGGCCUUCAACUACAUUUAGUGCUACGACAACAAGUCUUACCAAUUCGCCGAAUAUAAAUGGACAUAUACCGGGAGGAGUAGUGGCUGUAGGAGGUAAUAUAGUACAACAAGGAGUUAUUUUUCCAGGACAACCAGAAGUUCCUGGUUCUAUACCUUUGUGGAGGGAAUUAAGGACAGCUGAUGGAAAAUAUUAUUAUUAUAAUUCCGUUACAAAAGUAUCUCAAUGGUUAAAACCAGAAGGAUUUGUUUCUACAGGUCCAAUAAUAACAACUGGUAGUGUAAGUCUCCCAUCUUCAACAAAUACAUCAACAAAAUCAACAGUAGGUCAAGUUAAUAAUAAAAAUGGUACUAGUAGUUUAUUAGAGCAAUGUAUGGAAAAGACAUUACAAAAUUUAGGUAAACCUGUGACGGAAGAAAGGACUGCUACUCCGUCGUCUCCAGGAAAAUCAAAAAAUGUAAAAAACCUUGCUGCAGAGAAAUUCAAGGAAUUUAUAAAUGAAAAAUAUGAGCAUGGAAGAUUUAAAUUAGAUGAUAACUGGAAUAAAGUUAUACGUCAUCUACAGACUGAUUGCCGUUGGUCAAUUAUUACAAAGAAUUCUGAAAAAAAACAUAUCUUCAAUAUUUGGAAAGAUCAAAAAGCUAAAGAAGAAAGGGAAAGUAGAAGAUUGGGUUUAAGAAAAAAUAAAGAUAAUCUUGAAAAAUGGCUUUUAGAUAAUCCUCUUCUCAAACCAUAUAUGUCAUUUUCAAAGGCAGAAAAAGUUUUUGCAAGUGAACCUGCAUGGAAAGCUGUAACAGAUGUGCAGGAUAGAAAAGACAUAUUUAGAAGUGCACAAGAUUUAAUGAGAAAUACUUUUAAAAAACGUGAAGAAGAGCAAUCUCGUAAAAAUAAAGAUGCAUUAUUAAAUGUAUUAUCUGACAUUCCUGAAAUAACAUAUAAAACAACGUGGAAAGAGGCCCAAUACUUUUUAUCAAUUGAUCCUACAUUUAAAAAAAAUAAAAAUUUACUCAAAAUGAAUAAAAUAGAUGCAUUAGAAGCUUUCCAAGAUCAUAUAUAUAAUCUUGAAGAUGAGCAUGAAAAAGAAGAAGCGAGGAAAAAUAAAGAACAAAAAAGAGAGGAACGUAAAGUUCGUGAUAAAUAUCGAGCUUUGUUGGAUAAACUAGCAGGGGAAGGAGUGAUAACAUCCCUAACAUAUUGGAGUGAAAUAUUUGCUACCGUCUCCAAACAUAGCUGUUUUGAAGAGAUGCUUAAACAAACAAAAUUAAGUCCCUUAGAUAUAUUUAAGUGUUAUGUAAACGAGUUAAAAGAAUCAUAUGAUAAAGAUAAAAGCGUAAUAAAAAGAAUUCUUGAAAAAGCUAAUUUUACAAUAGAAAUAGAUACAGAUUUUGAAACUAUAAAAGAUCUCAUUGUGUCUGAUGAGAAAGGACAGAAGGCAAAUUUGUCAAAUGUUAAAAUGUUUUUUACAAGUCAAAAAUUAAGAGCUGAAAAAAGACGACAACAUGCUAUUAAAAAAGAAGAGAAAAGGUUAAGAAAAUUGGAAAAUGCCUUUCAUAAGAUGCUUUCAUCUAUUAUUGGUGAAAUUGAUGAAAAAGUUGUGUAUGAAAAUAUUGUAGAUAAAAUAUCAAACGAAGAAAUAUUUAACGAUAUUGAGAGUGAUGAACAACGGCAACAAUUUUUCAAUAGUUAUAUUGUUAAGUUAACUACCUCUUGUGGACAUAACCAUUCUAAACAAAAAGAAAGCAAAAAAAUUAAAAAUAAAAAGUUAUUAAAGUAUCAGCAAUUAACAGACACAGAUGAUAGUGAUGGAGAAGAAAAACGAGUAGAAUAUGACAGAAAAAGGCCAUUCCAGAAUGGUAGUCCAAUUUCUUCUGAUGAUGAUGAAGAACCUGUUCCCGAAAAAAAAGAAAAAGUUGAAGUAACUGACGAAGAUCUCAGUGAAGGUGAAAUACGGGAUUAA